AGCAAGGGUAUAAUUGGAAUUUUAAGAAACCAGCAGCGAAGAACUAAAAAAAUUGGUCUUAAAUCGGAAAAACAUAGAAACACCGCAAACUGGCUCUUUCCUCCUCCGCAUCGUUGGUUUUUCUCCGCCGUCACUGUCGUUCUCUUCCCCUCGCGAUUUCGAUAUCAAGUCCUCUCUCUCUCCUAGAAAACAUCCUUUUCCCCAAUUCGCUGCAGAUCUAUCUUUGAAAUUGUUGAAGAAGAAGAUGAUGAUACGACUAAGAACAUACGCAUGCCUUAGUUUUAUAGCGACACUGGCUGUAAUUUACCAUGCCUUCAGCAGCAGAGGCCAGUUUUAUCCAGCGACGGUUUAUUUAUCAACCUCAAAGAUCAGUUUGGUGCUGCUUCUCAACAUGUGUUUGGUCCUUAUGCUCAGUCUCUGGCAUUUGGUCAAAUUCAUCUUCUUGGGAUCACUUAGGGAAGCAGAGAUCGAGAGGCUGAAUGAGCAAGCUUGGAGAGAGCUUAUGGAGAUUCUCUUUGCUAUUACUAUCUUUCGACAAGACUUUUCUAGUGGGUUUCUUCCUUUGGUUGUGACUCUUUUGUUGAUUAAGGCUUUACAUUGGCUUGCUCAGAAAAGAGUUGAAUUCAUUGAGACUACUCCUUCUGUGUCUAAGUUAUCUCAUUUUCGUAUUGUCUCUUUUAUGGGUUUCCUUCUUCUUGUGGAUAGUCUCUUUAUGUAUAGUUCUGUUCGUCAUUUGAUUCAGACUCGCCAGGCUUCUGUUUCUCUCUUCUUCUCUUUCGAGUAUAUGAUCUUGGCGACAACGACUGUUGCUAUUUUCGUGAAGUAUGUUUUCUAUGUCACUGAUAUGAUCAUGGAUGGUCAAUGGGAGAAGAAACCAGUUUAUACUUUCUAUCUGGAGCUUAUUCGUGACCUGCUUCACUUGUCCAUGUAUAUCUGCUUCUUCUUUGUCAUAUUCAUGAACUAUGGUGUGCCUUUGCACUUGUUACGGGAGCUCUACGAAACCUUCAGGAACUUCCAGAUUCGUGUUUCCGAUUACCUUCGUUAUCGUAAAAUCACGUCCAAUAUGAACGACAGGUUUCCUGAUGCAACUCCUGAAGAACUUGUUGCAAGUGAUGCUACAUGUAUCAUAUGCCGUGAAGAGAUGACAAAUGCGAAGAAACUGAUAUGCGGGCAUCUCUUUCAUGUGCAUUGUCUUCGAUCAUGGUUGGAGCGACAGCAGACUUGUCCUACUUGCAGAGCACUUGUUGUACCUCCUGAGAAUGCCACAUCUGCAGCCGCAGGCCAACGUGGAGUACACCAAGGUUCCCAACAAGGUACAUCAAGCUCAGGCAACCAGGGCUCUGAAACAAGUUCUUCUGCUGGCGUUUCCAAUGAUAAUUUGAGCAGGCACCACGCCAGGCUUCAAGCAGCUGCUUCUGCAGCGUCCAUGUACGGGAAAUCAAUGGUUUACCCAUCUGCAAAAACAGUAGCAUGGUCGCCGGGUAUUCCUGGUACAGAGCAAGUGUCAACUGAACCAGAUCAAACUCGUGCUUCAUCCUUUAACCCGUCUCCACUUCCUCAACAAAGCCUUCCUGGUGAAAACUCCCAAGCCUAUGCAAAUAUGUCAGAGACUAAGCUGGAAGAAAUGAGAAAAUCUCUGGAGACCCACCUCGAGAUUUUGCGAAACCGACUUCAUUUUCUAGAGAAGAGGAAACCUGAAUCCACCGAGCCCACAAGCGAACCAGAUAACAAAGGAAAAUCGGUUGCGGAUGCAGCAGAGUAAAUCCAGUGGAAAAAACAAGCAAAGACUCAGGUAAUAUAACUGAGGCAGAGCAGAUAGAGAAAGGAGAAAGCUUGGUGGUUCUUCCCAGAGAGAGAGAGUAAAGAAAAAACAGACUAAAAAAAAGUGUACAUGUUUUAAAUUCAUUGUCAUAGAAAUUAGUAAGUUUGAGAGACUAAAAAUUAUGAACAGACUGAAUCAUAAACCGUUGUUAUUUAAUUCUUGGGUUUGCAUUA